AUGGCCAAGCCAAGGCGCAACGUCCAAUUUCAACAUAGGGGGAGUAAUCACCAGAAUGGAAGACGACCCAGCAUAUCCGAGAGCGAGGGCGUCUCCGAGCCAGGUAGCCCAACGAGAGCAAGUCUGAAUGGGAAGCUGGAGUCAAGCAAAGAAGAGGAUGAGACCGAAGUUCCACCGCAAUCAGAGUACGAAAAGAAAAAGCAGACCUUCAUCACACGGACGAUCUGGAGUUUCGUCAUGAUCGCCGGCUUUUUCACUGCCAUGUUUUCAGGUCAUCUAUAUGUGAUCGCCAUCGUGACGGGUAUCCAGAUUGUUUCCUUCAAAGAAGUCAUUGCCAUCGCAAAUGUUCCAAGCAGGGCCAAGAACCUACGAUUCACGAGAUCGCUGAACUGGUACUUCUUGGGGACGACAAUGUACUUUCUCUACGGAGAGAGCGUGAUAUAUUACUUCAAGCAUAUAGUGCUGGUCGACAAGGUUUUACUACCUUUCGCAACCCACCAUCGCUUCAUCAGCUUCAUGCUAUAUGUCAUUGGGUUUGUGUUCUUUGUCGGCUCUCUUCAGAAAGGCCACUACCGCUUCCAAUUUACCCAGUUCGCCUGGACGCACAUGGCCCUCUACUUAAUCGUUGUACAAGCCCAUUUUAUCAUGAACAACAUUUUCGAGGGGAUGAUCUGGUUCUUCCUCCCAGCAUCCCUCGUAAUCACCAACGACAUUUUCGCCUACAUCUGUGGCAUUGCCUUCGGUCGUACCCAGCUCAUCAAGCUUUCGCCUAAGAAGACUGUUGAGGGUUUUGUUGGAGCGUGGAUUUGUACCAUCAUCUUCGGAUUUGCCAUGACGAACGUAUUGAUGCGGUACAAAUACUUCAUCUGCCCAGUAAAUGAUCUUGGCGCGAACAUAUUCACGGGCCUCUCCUGCACCCCAAACCCCGUUUUCAUACAUCAGGCCUAUCAUAUCCCCUCCUUCCUCACCAACCUCCCUCUCCCAGCCUCCCUCCAAAUCCCUUCCACGGUUCACAUUGCUCCAAUGCAAUUUCAUAUCCUCGUCUUCGCAACAUUCGCCUCCCUCAUUGCGCCCUUCGGCGGUUUCUUCGCCUCGGGCCUCAAACGUACCUUCAAAGUCAAAGACUUCGGCGAGUCCAUUCCGGGCCACGGCGGUAUCACCGAUCGUAUGGACUGCCAAUUCAUCAUGGGUUUCUUUGCUUUCAUGUACUACCAGAGCUUCAUUGCGAUUUACAGGGCUAGCGUAGGGGAUGUCAUGGAGAGGGCAAUCCAGGGAUUGGAUGCUGAGGAAAUGGUGGAAGUGGUGAAGGGUUUGAGCAAGUACAUGGUCAAUCAGGGUUUUGUGGAAGAGCGGCUCCUCGACUGCCUGACAGGAGUGGUUGGAAAGAGGAAGUGA